UGUGUGAGACUUUAGUGGAAGACCGCACAUGUUGAUGACGUUGUUAAAUAGUACACACACGUGCAGUUCGCAGCCAUUCGAUGUUACACGUGUGGUGUGCACUGUGUAUGAUUUUGUAGGGCAUGAGUUGACACUGAGGUUUCUAAACCUGCUAUAAAUAUGGGUAAAAAGUCGAAGACUGGAAAACAAAGGAAGGAUCGGUAUUACCACCUAGCUAAAGAAACAGGUUAUCGAGCCAGAUCAGCCUUCAAGUUGAUCCAGCUGAACCGCAAAUUCCAAUUCCUUCAAAAGUCUCGGGUCGUCAUAGAUUUGUGCGCUGCUCCAGGAGGAUGGCUGCAAGUUGCUGCCAAGAACAUGCCCAUUUCCAGCCUCAUUGUGGGCGUGGAUUUGUUUCCCAUCCGCCCCAUCCCACACGUCACAACCAUCGUGGCCGACAUCACUACAGAAAAGUGCAGAACGGCUCUAAGAAAAGAACUUCAGACAUGGAAAGCUGACUGCGUGCUUCAUGACGGUGCCCCAAAUGUCGGAACUAGCUGGGUCCUUGACGCCUUUACACAAGCCCAGCUGACUCUCUCAGCCAUCAAGCUGGCCUCGGACUUCCUAGCCAAGGGCGGCUGGUUCAUCAGCAAGCUCUUUCGAUCCAAGGACUACCAGCCCAUCAUGUGGGUCCUGAACCAGCUCUUCAAGAAGGUCCACGCCACCAAACCCCAGGCCUCCCGUAGCGAGUCGGCCGAGAUCUUCGUGGUCUGCCAGGGCUACGCAGCGCCGGACAAAAUCGAUCCAAAGUUCUUCGACCCCCGGGCCAUCUUCACCGAGGUUGCCAUGGAGACCAAGAAGAAGUACGCCAUCCUAGCAGACCCGAACAAGCCAAGGAAGGCCAAAGCGGAAGGCUACGAAGAGGGCGACUACUUGCAGCACACGGUGGUCAAAGCGUCGGAUUUCAUCGCCACUGACACUCCGGUUGAGUUGCUGAACAGUGCCAGUGAGCUGGUCAUUGACGACCCGUCCAUCGCCAAUCACCACCUGACCACCCAGGAGCUCCGGCACUGCUGCAAGGACAUCAAGGUGCUCGGCAGGAAAGAGAUCCGCAUGCUGCUGAACUGGCAGAAGAAACUGGCCAAGGAAGCUGAGAAUCGGGCGGAAGCCGAGAGGAAGGCAGCCGAGGAGGCGGCGGGGAAGGGAGAGGCGAAAGAUGGAGAGGCUGACGAUGAGGCCGAUAGUGAAGAUGAACUGGAAGAGAUCAACAAGCAGCUGGAGGAAGCCAAGGAGGAGGAGAAGACCGCCCUCAAGAGAAAACGGAAAGACCAGCUGAAGAUGCGCAAGAAGUUGCGGGAGCGUUUGCAGAAAGCCAUGGCUAUGACCACAGGACAAAACGAUACCGCAGAAACAGUGUCACUGUUUGCACUACAGAACAUGAAAAACAAACAGCAACUUCAAGCCAUCAGCCAGGACGAGUCUGAGAUAGUAGACAAGGCUGCCCAGGAGCAAGAGGACCACGACUCGGAGAUAGAGGCCCUGAUGAACGAAGCCUCCAGCGAUAGUGACAGCGACCUGCCUAGUGAGUUGGACUCGGAUGAGGCCGAGAUACUGAUGGAGGAGAGACUGGCUAAGCGGAGGAAGAAAGGAGGCGGGAGUGAUGAUGACGAUGAUGAUGAGAAUUCAGAUGUUGAUUUUGGAGAUGACGAUGAGGAAGAGAAAAGAAAUCCUCUAAUGGUGGACCUGGACACGGCAGACCAAAACACCAGAUCACAACGACGCACCGACAUGUGGUUCAAUAAGCCGAUCUUCUCCGGCCUCGAGGCCGACGAGGACGAGGAUUUUGAGAUUUCCCAGAUGACUGACAACUAUCGGCAGCAGGGAGGCUCCAUCAUUGAGAGAUCAAACAAAGACAGUGAAGACGAGUCAGACGAAGAAGCCAGCGAUUCCCCUCGGACGAAAUCUUCCAAUUCAAAGAGCGUCCGAUUUGACACCAGCAUCACCAGCAUCACGGACCAAGGCCAGCAGGAGAGAGAAGACCUCCCCUCCGAUAGCAGCGGGGACUCGGACGCGGAGACGCCGAACGGUAUCCAUGGCAACGGGAUGCUGGACAGCGACGAUAGCGACAGCGAUUACGACGACGAAGUCAUGAUCCGGGAGAUGAUGGACACGAAGGGAGCAGAUCAGGGUCCAGACAAGACGAAAAAGACGGCCAAGAAAAACGCCAAAGACAAGAAGAGCGGGUUUGAGGUCGCCCCAACUGAAGACAAAGCUUCUUACGUUGAGUACCUGGACCCUGAAGGCCUAGCCAUGGGGACCCUGAUGGCCACGUCCAUGAAGAAACGACGCGAGAUCAUUGAGCACGCUUACAACCGUUACUCCUACGGGGAGGAGUCCCUUCCGGCGUGGUUCACAGAAGAGGAGGUUAAGCACACAAGGAAACAGGCACCUGUUACCAAGGAAAUGGUCGCCGAGUAUCGGGCCCGACUCAGGGAAGUCAACGCGCGGCCGAUCAAGAAGAUAGCCGAAGCCAAGGCCCGCAAGCGACAACGAUCCAUGAAGAAAAUGGAGAAACUACGCAAGAAAGCCGAGGCCAUUAGCGACACGGUGGAUACCUCAGAGAAGGAAAAACUGAACCAGAUUAAACAGCUGUACAAAAAGGUCAACAAGAAGAAACCCAAGGAGGUCACUUACGUCGUCUCGAGGAAAGCACAGGCUGCCAAACGUGUGAAGCGCCCUCGCGGGGUGAAGGGGCCGUACAAGGUGGUGGACAAACGAAUGAAGAAAGACGUCAGAGCCAUGAAGCGGGUGGAGGAAAAACGGAAAAAGGGAAAGAGGAGAUGAAGACAUUCCAAGGACUGAAUAAAAAAAAUUAGAAAAAAAUAAAGACUGUUUUCAACCUUUCUUGUUCUGCUUAUUUUGUGCAUGGUUGGGCUUCAGUGCCAAAUCUCAUUGAGCCGCUAUAAAGCAGAAAAUAUUACAUACAUUGUAUGUACCUGCUUAGCCAAAAUUGGUAGAGAACCAGGUAAUAGGGAAUACCGGUAUAUGUCAUAUUUUUGAAUAUGUUAACCUGGUUGUGCUGAGUAAUUAUAUUGGCCCAAGUUCUCUGAGACACGUAUAAAGACUAAAUAGGGUGGAGUCAUUUUGGGGGGGGGGGGGUGAUAUUUAAAAUGUAAUGCAGCAGAUUGGUUGAAAUGUUCAGCUGAAGUGAUUCUACACAAAAAAAAAUUGAGGAAACAGAAAUUCUACUGUGCAAGAAUUGCCAAAAAUGUGUUGUAAUUUUUAUGCAAGAAUUAGACCAACCCGGACAUGCUAUCAAUUUUCUAUCACAAAGGCCCCCUUUAAAGGCAAAAGCAUUGUGCUAGCUAUUGCUCAGAUAAUCUGUCAAAGUUGCAGUUGCUUUAUACGAUAGCAGGCACAAUGGUUUUGCCAUUGAAAGGGACCUCGUGAGUGCAUGUACAGUGGUCACGUGCCCGGACUCGUCUAUUCAAGAAAGGCAACUUUCUAUAACUUACUAAACCAUGUACAUGUACCAUUCAAUGUACAUAUAUACAAAUUGUGUGUACGACAUUCAAUUCAACUAAUAAAAAGCAGAUACUGAUCAACCU